AAAGAUUGAGGAGCCGAGCAGCUGCCGUCACACUGCACCAGACUCCUGGAACAACAGAUUUGAACUUCAACCUGAGAGGACCGGCAUCAUGACUCCUGUUUUCCUCCUCCUCCUCCUCUUCUUCACUGCACAGUAUGCAGCUGAUGAAGCAAAUGAAUUGGACGAAUCUCCAGCAGUCUCUGAUGUCCUUGAAAAAGUCAACGAUGGCUUACGAAAUCUGGUCUUUGGCGACAUUGCGCAAAAUGUACAGCGGAACGCAGACCCCUGCACAUCCACUGGCUGCGCGUGGCCUAAAAGAGGAAGCUAUGUCCGAGUGCCAGUGGCCAUCUCCUCCAGAUACACCACUACAGAGCGCAACAUCAUCAUCAGAAGCCUGGUGUCCUUCCACAAAUACACAUGCAUUCGCUUUGUGUGGAGACGCUGGUAUCACAGGCAUUACCUCUACUUCUACUCUGGAUCUGGGUGCUGGUCGUACGUGGGCCGUCAGAGUAGAGGACAGGCUGUCUCCCUGAAGAAAAACGGCUGUUUGUACAAAGGCACGGUGCAGCACGAGGUCCUCCACGCUCUGGGUUUCCACCACGAGCAAGUCCGCUCCGACAGGGACAAAUACAUUCAAAUCCUCACCAACAACAUUAUUCCAGGAAAGGAACACAACUUUGAUAAAGAGAACACUAACAACUUGGCGACUCCCUACGACUUCAACUCUGUUAUGCAUUACAGCAAAUACGCCUUCAGCAAAAACAGAAAGCCAACCAUCCUCGCCAGGAGCGACCCCAACCUCGACUUUGGAAGGGCCAAAUCCAUGAGCUCGAAUGACGUCGCCCGCAUCAACAAACUUUACCGAUGCAGCGUCUGAAAAUUAAACUGGAACCCAUCACACUGCUAACGAACGUGUCGACCUCCAGAGAAUUCAACAGGAUUUCUGAUGUAGAGCAACAAUAAUAUCCAAAAGCAGCAGGACACGUGACAGGGAUCUGACGUCUCUCCACACGUGUACAUUAGCUUCUGUUAGCAGUUGGUUUUCAUGUAUUUCUGCAAACUCUAUUGUUCAUCUGGUAUCAGAAUUUAUAAAAAAAAAAAAGAAUUUGAUCUUUGUUUAAUGAUUUUCUCACGAUGAUUGGGUGAUGGGUUUCCUCAGAACUACCAGGCAGUGAAACAGGCCUGAAACAGUCUGAACAAAUCGAGGGGCUGAUGUUUGCUGUGAUGGAUCAUUCGUGAAUUGUGAAAGCUGUUUUUAAAUAUUCAGUAAAAACUUCAUUUAAUGCUCAUUGUGUGUGGAGCAUCAGCAGCGAGAUAAACAAACACAUCUAAUUUGUGCUAACAGUAAUAAUCAAUAACAUUAUUAAGACAGCCUGGGUCAAACGUCUUUGAUUUUUGUGGGUUUUCCUUUUUUCCAGACUACUAAUCAUUGUACUGUGUAAUCAUUUCUACACUGGACUAUUUCCACAAUAAAAUCACAACAAUAAA